AGUUUUAUUUUUCUUAUAUUGGUACGAGAUUUUAUUGAUUGUUUUCUUUCAUAAGAUUUUCGGCCAGACGGCGACUGAAAUUGCAAGUUACUGUGAUAUAUUUAUUUUCAAUAAUUAACUAUUCUUAUCAACCAAUUAAAUGAGCAGGGAUAUCGAGUUAUGUCUAUAAGUAAUGGAAGGUACAGAACUGGGUGGCGACCAGCAAUUUUGUUUGAGAUGGAACAAUUUUCAAGCGAAUAUAACUUCUCAAUUCGAGGCAUUGCGCGAUGAUGAGGACUUCGUGGAUGUCACCCUGGCAUGCGAGGGGCACCGGCUGGAGGCACAUAAAGUGGUUCUUUCGGCAUGUAGUCCAUAUUUCAAGGAAUUAUUUAAAAACAAUCCAUGUCCUCACCCUAUAAUAUUCAUGCGCGAUUGCGAGGUGUCGCACGUGCGCGCGCUGCUUCAGUUUAUGUACGUGGGCCAAGUGAACAUAGCGCAGGCGCAGCUCAGCGCCUUCCUCCGUACUGCCGACGCGCUACAAAUACGAGGCCUCACAGACUGUUCACAACACAACGAUAAAAAAGUGAAUCGAAAAUCUCCUCCUUCUCAACUACGUAAUUUGCUCAGCGCCAAGCCGUCACACUCUACCUCCUCCUCCAAAGCCGCAAACCAAAAUGUUGAGACGACCUCUGUCGAAGACCAAGAACAAAACUCAAGUCGUCGCUCCACUAGAAAUUCUCCCGAUGUUGCCAGAAACAAUCUCAAUGAUGAAGCUCCAUUUCAAACUUCUAGUCAAAUGAGGCCUAAUAGUGAUGACUAUAGAGAAACUUCCAACUACCCUGCCCUGAGGGUGAAAACUGAUCUCGAAGCACCUGAGGUGAAAAAUGAAGAGAGUGAAAUACUCAUGGACCCCGGAGACCCUGAUAGAACAGACAAAUGCCAAGAAUUCAAUGCAUCCGAUCUUUUAGAACCAAAAAUGGAAGUGAUGGAACAAGAAGCUAGCGACGAAGAGCGUUCCAGUUUCCCGCAGAUCUACUACAAUGAGAACAACGCGCUUGCAAAUCCAUUUGCAACAUUGCAAGGUAAUAUGGAUCUCAUGGCCGGAAUGAACACGGAGCUACGGGACGAGAACGCGGAAGCGGUUGGGAGAUGGGACGGUAGACGCAACCGCCCCGUGCCGGACGCCGUGUGGCUGGAGCAGCACCGGCGCGCGCUGCCCUUCGUCAUCAAGCGAGAGAACGAGCGAGGGGGCGCCGCUGCGCCCAGACUCAUAAAAUUGGGAGAAGGCGUGGAGAUCCGCGAGGAGUUGUUGCGCGGCGUCAAGUGGGGCGACUACCGCAAGGUGACCCGCGGGCUGGCGGCGGCGCUGUUCUCGCCCAUCGAGCUGGCGACGUGCUCGGUGACGGGGCAGCGCUGGUCGCGCGCGGGGCAGGAGUCGCGCCCCACCAAGCCGCCGCUCGACCGCCGCCGCGUGCACGCGCUCAUCUCCUACGUCAGCAGGCACUUCCCCGACGUCGAGGUCAGCCGCAUCAAGCAGGUGCUAGCCUACAAGUGCAAGGAGAACUGCGCCGCCCUCAGGAUGAGGACCGCCAGGCUGUCGAACUGUUUCAGUGAUUCGACCAACUACCUGCUGAGCGCGGCCGCGCGGCCCCCGCCCUGCGACGUCGACACUCCCGGGGGGAGCGCACGCUCCUCAUAUUCUAACUACGAGGCUACGAAGGGUCCGGGCGGCGCGGCUGGUGCGGGCGACUUCGGGCGCGGCGCGGCGGGAGGGGAGGAGGGCGAGGGCGACGCACAGUGAUGCCCGCCACUCUGUUGCAUAUCAAUUUCAUAAUCUUGUUAUUUUUUACCAAAAAAGAAGAGAAAAUAAAGAAACUCGUCGCUCGCCGUCUCCGCAGCCGCGGCGGUCGGCGGCGGCGGCACCCGUCGGUCGUUUCGAAAGAUUUAUAUUUAUUUGCGCGGCGUCGCGACGACGAACGACGGCGGUGAGUUGCCCGUGUAAAAUAUUCAUAUUUAUUUAGGUGAUAUUUUUCUAUUGGCUACUGAUAAGAUUUUAUCUCGUUAUGUAUCUGCCGGCCGCGCCGGGGAUACAUUGUCGUUUGUAAGGAGGGGGAAGUGGAGUCGUGCCCGAAGCUCUAGCAAUAAUUUAUCAGGUUCCUAAGACAUGUUUUGUAGUUAGAUUCUAUUGCACGAAUAUUCGCAAACACUGCCGCUUUAUUUCUAAAUUUUUUUAUAGACAUCAAGUCAGUUGUUUUAUUGCUUUCUAUAUUUUAUGUUUAAAUAAAAAUCGAGUCAUUUUCAACGUUACGUUAAAAUUUGUAUAUGAGGCAUUUAAGUGCUGUACGAGGGACCGUUGCAAUUGCAAAGUAAAUAUAUCAAAAUGGCAUAAUUUUAGAGCUAUCUUAUAGAUAUUAUAGUCAUUUCGUUUUAUAGGUGUAAAUGAUAAUAAAGAAUUUAUUUUGGAGCGUCAAGGUUUGGAUAUUGUAAAGUCUUUGGAGAGCUGUGAUCAUGAUGGAUAUAAAGCAGUCAUAUUUUUAAAAUAUACAUAUAAGAGUUAUAACGUAAUUAUACUAUUGUACAGUACGUCUGUAUAAGGUGGACGUGAGGCGGCGCGGGCGCGGCCGCGCACAGCGCCGCGUCUGACGCCCGCCGCGCCCGCGCCCGCCCGCCCUACAGAUGUAUUAUCAUAUCAAAAAAGCAAUAACUAUUAUUUGAUAAAGAACGAUUUAUUUCAUUUUUAAAUACUAUUUUAACCAAGUUGUUAUAAAUGUAGUUAGUAAAUUGGAAAGAUCUCUUGAGAAGUCCACGGUCAUUUAUAGUUCUUUUGAACAAUAACUAAAUUCUCAUAAUGAUAAUGUCUCACAUUUACGUCAUAUCAAUUUGUAAUACUUAGUUUUUUCACUAUUUUGUACAUUGUGUACAAAUGACAUAAUCAUGUAUCGCCAGAGCACACACGCCGGCAGGCGACACGCUGCGCUGAGAGGGCUGUCGGUGCGGGAAUCUAACAUGUUUAAACGGUUUUUAAGACAACGAACAAAGGAAUGGGAUUGUUAUGUGUAAUUUAUAGAUUGCCUCACGACACGCGCUCGUCGAACGUGAAUGUUGUUACUGUAACACGUUGCACGCGCGUGGUACGCUACGAUGUAAGAUGUACGUACAGUCGUCGCCGGGUGUGCGCUCUGGCCCGUGUACACACUACAGUACACUUUAGCUCGUCUUUAGCAGUCAACUGUCAGAGAUUGGUGUACCUAUGAAUAAGUUACAGUUACCAGAGUUAGGAUAUAUAAGUAGUCACGCAGUGCUACGUAGUAAAAUCUUACUAUUAUGUAAUGUUUUACGAUGCCAAUUGAAAGUCUUAAUGCUCAAUUUUGCCAAAUUUUACUUGCCGAGAACGCGUCUUGUCUAUUAGUUUCGUGUUUUAAAUGUUUGGUAUAGCACACAUUCCCGUUACUAAAAUACCUUUAGGUUUUUGAAAGUGAGAAGGGAAUGGACAGAUUGCUCAAUAUAAUGAAAUAUUUGUAUUUCGUUGAUAGUUCAUAACAUAACACAUUCACAUAGAACAUGAACAUUUUUGGCCCAAUGAAAUUUAUAUCAUUAGAAAAAUUAAUAAAAUUUAAUUGUAAUUUAGAAAUGUUAAAUUGAGAGUUAAAGGAUUUGCAAGUAUAUAAUAUAUUUGUGACGAAUGCUCGAGAUGCAAUAUGUUAAUUUAGUGCCAAAUGAUAAGUUAACUCGUAGCAAUAUAUUGUAUCCUAAUGCUCUUGUGUAAUUUCUCACGUAGUGUUAAUGACCUAUGAGGUUUCGAAGGUUUCUUUUACAAGACUAUAAUAUAUUUAUACAGGGAAGUGUUAGGUAUGUACUGUUGUUUGGAAUUAAGAGUGUUGUUGGGGUAAAAUACUCAUUGAGGCGGGGUGUAAAAAUAACCGUACAAUGUGCCGCUUAGCUCUGGAUAUUUAAACUCCACCCUAGAAUAGUUUUGAUACAUAUAUUAUUUAAUGUCAUUAUUUUAAAGGAAUAAAACAAAACAACAAUGCGUAAAUCGUCACCUCAGACAGGGUAAUGUCUUUUUAGAUGAACAAGCUACGAAUACGAGUUAUUUUUACACUCCGGCCUCUAAAGCACUGAAUGAGCAAUGGAACAAGAGAAUUUAUUUACUCAAAUAAGUUUUUUUUUAAUUAUUUACGAUAAUUUUGUACUAAAUUUUAAUAUACAUUAUUUUGCAUUUUAUUAUUGUAAUGGCAGCUGUCCAUAUCAUGUGAACGAUACAAUCGGUCACUAUUAUUUAGGGUUUCAUAAAUAAAUUUAAAACGAUACAUCGAACAUGACACAUUGGGCACAAAUAUAAUUAAAAGUACCUAUAUACUUUUCUUUGCUUGCUGUUAUAAUAUGAUAAUCGAAAUCUAAAUAACAUUGUUCCUGAUACUCGAUCGUAGUAAGCUUUGUGAAACCCUACUAAGCGUUAAUAUUGUAAUGAAUGACGAGAGCGGGCGGCAGGCGGGCGGCGGUCGCCCGUAGUGUCGCGGAGAGCGGCCGCGGCGACAGCGUGGCGCGCGACGUCACGCCCGCCGCGCGCCUGCCCUGCGCUCGCCCUUAGUUUUCACUGAGCAAAAAAAUCUUUAAACUUUUGUAUAUAAAGAGAACAACAUCGAUGCCACUGUGCUCUGAGAGGACACAGCGUUGUGCCAAAAUUACGUGCUAGUCUUUAAAAACAAAUGUUGUUAUCAUUUUUUCAGAUUUUAUUUAGUCCAGAAUGUGUUUGUUCCUGUGCUGUGAAAAUAUUUUCUAACAAACCAACACUCGGUGAUGGUGGGGGUGAGGGACAAUGUGGUCGCUUUAUUCUCGCGGUUGAUGGUUCUUAGUUUUUAGUCUUGUAGAAUAUUAUAAUUAGAAUGUUUUUUCUCACUGGUUUUAUCUAGAUAUAUCAUUCAAAAUUAUAAAAUCUAGGCCAGUGUUGAAAAUUUGAACGUCGAAGCCCUAUCGAAUCGGUCCUUUGUUGUAAAACUGACCACAUUGUAAACUAAAAUUACAGAUUUAGAUCGACAACUAUAAUCGAAACUGCCAAUACUCGAAGAUAACGAAUUCAGUCAUAGAACUAGCUACUAAUAGUUACAAAACCAAUGGGUAUACCGAGCCUCUUGUGCCUAGGUGUAGAAAUUCUCACUUUUAUAAAAUUGACACGUUUGCCUGUGAUAUUAUUUUUUCUAUUAGUUAGAUUAGUUGUAGGAACAUAUUCUUCAAUAUGUGUAGUGGCGGUUGUCAAUAUCGAAUAUCCCUCUUAAAUUAAGUGUAAUAAAUAAAUAAUAUGGAUCGUCCAAAGCCACAAAGCUUCUCUGUACAGGAUUGUAGUUGUCGAAGCUAAAACAAAAUUGUGUCAUUUUAAAAGACGAGUCAUAAAAACUUAAUUUCUUAGAGUUACGAAGUGUUGUGUUGGUUUGUUGUUAUAUUUAUAGUAUUUAUAAAAAAUGCACAUAAUAAUUUAGCUUUGAGCUUGUGCAAUAUUAUUCCAAAUUGUUUAUAGAUGAAAAAUGUUAUAAUUAUUUCUAAAUUGUUAUAUAUUUUUAUAAUCAUAAAAGACAAAGGCAACUUAAAUUAUGAUAUUUUUGUUGUGCAUUUAUUAUCAAAGUUUAUCAAUACCUACUGACCCACAAACUCAUUGUGGACUGUAAUGUCUGCGUCUGUGAAAACUGUUAAUUAGGUACAGUAGUAGAUGGUUUUUUUAUAUAUGCUAAUAAUAUUGUGAGUCAAUUCUAGUAAUGUUAAUGUUCCCUUUUAUUUAGAAUAAUUUACGUUAAUAAACAAAUUAAUCUAAGAUUGCUCAACCAAGAUGCAAUGCUAACUGCAAUGUAGAUGUACGAAAAUAGUUUUAUAUUUGUCCUUUUUUAUUAUUUAUCUGAUAUUUCAAGUUUAUUCAUUUGUGAGUUAUGGCAGCGCAUGUUAGUCUUAUGUUAUUCUUAAGAGAGGCCAAAUGUUGACUUGCUUAUGUGAGACUGUUUUGCCAAGAAUCAGAAAGUAUAUUACCUACAUUGUUUUAAAAUAAAUGCUUUUUUAUAAAAUC